AUGCCUCAAGCGGACAGGGAGUGGGAAAUGAGGGUCCUACAAAGCGAGCGUCCUUUGGAAGCAGGCGUGGUAUAUCCUAAGAGGUUAUCGUGGUCCGACGGCCACACAGGCCCGAGUCUGGGCGUCGUUAGAGCGAAACAGGGCAGCCUGAAUUGCGAAAUACGCAUGGACGCUGCGCGCGAGUUCACGCACAGGCCAACCCACGGUCUUCGUGAACGGGCUCCUCAAACCAAUGUUGAACGCACCAACGAUCUAGUCGCCUUGGAUUGGUUGUGUCGAAAGAGGCCGCGCUUCAAGAACAAGAGCCGUGAAAGUUUCUUCAAUGAAGUGAGCGACAGAGCGACCGUCAAUGCCCUCAUGUUGAUUGAACUUGAUGAGCAGGAUGAUCCCAUAGUGCCCCCAGCAUAUGUUGACACAAUGUAUCUUUCUUAUGGAAACUACAUUCUCAAGCACAUCCUUGCAAAUUUCACCGAUGAAGAACUGAGGAAGUUCACUUCGACCAAGCUUCAACUACUUCAACCCAAGGAGUUCAAAGUUCAAUGGCAGUUUGGAUCUCGUGCCACAGUAUCAGGGGCCAUUAGGUUUACUUGGGAGCAGAUUGGUUUAGAACUUGGGGCCAAACUCAAUCUUGGAGUGGGUUUCCUACAUAUCCUUCGUUCCAUACGCUCCUUCGACAAAGCUCUGGACGACAUAUCUCAGCUACAAAGGAAGUUCAAAUUGAAGGCAGCAUGGAUAGAUUGGGUAGCGCAGCAGCAAGCCACCACAUCUUGGUCCCGAUCGUCGAAUAGGGCCCCUGACAUGGCAGACGAGUUCUACAUGGGUGUUUGGAUCAAUGGCGAAUAUGAGGACGACAUUGACUCGUUCUUGGCGCACCAUAUCCCUUGCUUCAUAUCCCAUAAGCUGAGGGGAGACGAGUUAGACCGCCUGUUCGAUGCGGGGUACGGGCGGAGAGACACUACGUUCGUUCAGGGCACCCCCAUCGAAAAAUUGAGUCACCCCCACAAUCGAGUCGAAGCAUUCCUACGUAAGCAGCAGGUGAUAAUCACGGAAUCCGACAACGAUGACAAUAUAGCAACCGAAGAACCCUCUGACCCGCCGGAAUCCCUAGCUGCUUCAUUCUCGCUGAUCCACAGAGAAUGGUCGAGAGGGGGUCCGGCUCCUAUCGCGUAUAUCGCAAGCCCUCCGGCAGGCCAAACUGUUCAGCCAGCCUCAACCUCGACUUCCUCCCCUUUCUCGGACCUCGACUUUUCCAACUGUGGGGCCGAACCUCUUGACAUGGUGGAGAUCGAUCCAUGUCGAGUAGCUUGGAUCCGUCCCCCCCCCGUUAUGCGUCCCAUAGGAGGGAAAUGGGCAAAGUGGGCAGAGAAAAACGUGGACGGAGAAUUAUUCGUGGCCAAAGUGGGAAAGUCUUAUAGAGACUUUGAUGGAGUAUCCUAUUUCGACCGCUCGUGUAACCGUGAGGUCAUCUUGCUGAGCGCUGCGCAAAUACUCCCCGGGGCUGUCUCAAAGCCUGAAGUCUUUGGACUCCCCUGUCCUAGAUAUUUGCAUUUCGUCGAAACCCCCCAGAACAAAGCGCCGCGCCCCGCCAAGGCUUCCGCCUGGCUGUACCUGACCAAAGACCCGAUCCCCACAGAUGUAGGGCUACGAGCGGGGCACCCAGCAGCGGAAGAUCUACCGCUCAAGGACGAAUUCAGAGCGGGACCUUCGAAUCGACCACCGUCACCGCCACCUAGUCCAGGCAAUCCCCCAGGCAAUCCACUCCCUCCACUGCCAUUGAUGACCGAUCCUUUCAAUUCACCAGAACCCAUGGGCGUUCCUGACAGUGAGCGCCCCAUCUCUCCAGUGGACUCCCUGAUGGGAGCUCCACCGGAGGUGGACUGGGAACUGGAUUCGGACGAACCUAUGGGACCUCAGAUUCCGGCUAGGUCCCUCGAGGAUUUCGAGAUGGAAGCUGUGGAUUUGGGAGAUGUUCCCUCGCCCUCUCGAAGUCCAGCAUCACAGUCGCCGAUUCAACCGUUCAGUGAGACGUUGGCUAGUCCGCCGCGUCCCAUGGCAACCCCGAUACCCCUCCGCCACCAGCCUAUUAUGAGUCCUCCAGCUCCCCCCUCUGCUCCUGAGCCCUCGCGUCAGAGCCCUCCUCGUCGUAGUAGUCGUAAACAUGCUCGCCAGCGUUCCCCCUCCCCUCCUCCGAGACGGAGAGGCGAUAGCUAUCGCCCGAGACCUCCCUCAUAUUCGAGAGGAAUCGACCGUUCCAACCCGUGGUCGACCACUGCCGCUACAAAUAUGUGGCCUGUCCCUAGCGAUCUUCAGAACCCUUGGGCUCAAACGUCGGGAACCAAUGCGUGGUCAGCUCCCAACACCUUCUCUGCAGGGCCGACUCCUCCUCCCUGGGGGGCAUCUCCAGGAUACAUGCCCUGGGGUACCAACCCAACGACCAUGGCUCCUUGGUCGGUCCACUACCCAGGGUACUAUCCCUCAGAGCAUGUUCAUAUGCCAAGCUGGCCACCUUACGGAUUCCCACCAGUGCCGGCUCACAGCUGUCCUUCAUGCCACAACUGCGCCUCAUGCGGUCGCCCCUCUGUACAAGCUAGUGACGAGAAUCUUCGCGAGCCCCCUCCUGACACGGUUGCGCCAUCGUUGCUGGGUCGCUUACGUUCACCAUCGGGUGGGGGUCCCUCUCAAGCCCCCUCCAUCACGCCGCCGAUACCAUCCCUCUCUUUGGCACAACGUUUGCGGAACCCUGCCACCUUAGCCGAUCGUUUACAACCGCCUACUUCAUUGACUCAGCGAAUACAACCGCCCUCUGAUUUCGUCCAAGGGUCCUCCUCCCAACCUCUACAGAGCUCUUUACCCUUUUUACCAGCCGUGGCACCCACUGGCCGCGCACGCCGUAGUCGCAGAGCAGGCCGAGCACAAAAGGAGGAAGACGAUAGGCGAGCAAAAGAAGGCAAACCACCAUCAGGCAAAGGGAAACGGAGGGAUCGGAGGUAA